AUGCCUCCACCUUUCCGUGCCUUCAUUGCUUUCUCGCUAGUCACGCUUGCGAUCUUGUUGCCGGCUACGGCACAAGAAGCAUGCAGUGGCCACGGUGAGCUCCAUGGGAACCAUUGCCACUGCGAACAAGGAUACGAGAGUAAAGGUGUCGAGUGUAUCGCUACAGCUGGAACUACCGCGUCUUGUCCGGCUGGUGGCAUCUCCUGGGAGCUGUCAAUGGCGAUGGCACUCGAGAACGGAACGUACACCGUCUCCUUUGCGAGCAACACGGAGAACAUGGCGAUGUUCGUGCUGCCGUUGAACAUUUCAGUGACCGAUACCGUCACACAGGAGGAGCUGGAGGCGUCUGUGGACAAGUCAACAGCGCUGCUUGAAGACGUGACGCUGCCCCGCAACGUUGUCAAGGCGUCACGCGACAUGGCGCCGACCGAUCAACUGCUGUAUGUGGUGCAGCGCAAUAAUGCCGAGGAGCUCGCAGCGCUACAAGCCGAAUGCGAGGCGAACCCGAACAACACGUGGCACGGUGACCACUGCGACGGCCCAGGCGCGCACGGCCGACGACUGGCGUCUGAGCCUAUGACGGUCAACUUGGUUGUCGAUGAAGCCGGAUACUACGCGCUCCACAUGCAACACAACGCGAUCGAGGAGUUUGGCAUGCAAGUGCUCGACGCUGAAGGACAACAAGUUGACGUGGCGUUGAGUAUCGCAGCGGAAGAGGAGGAAGACGAAGGAACGUCAACAGCCAGGAGCGCCACGUCGGCUGUGUGGGCCAAGACAAUGGCCGCUGUGGCGAUCGUCGCUCUGCUUUCGAUUGUCGGCAUCCUGCUGCUGAUUCUCCGUAUCAACGUCCUCCAUAAGGUCAUGGACGCGAUGAUCGCGCUCUCUGCAGGUGCGUUGUUCGGCGCCGCCUUCCUGCAUGUGCUGCCAGAAUCUAUCGAGUUCUACAGUGAAUACGGCCAGAUGAACCUCACGUUGAGUAUGAUGUUCACGAUCGGGUUUGUGGUCGCGAUGGUCGUCGAGAUGGCACUCGAACUCUGGGUGAGCAUUGUAGGUGGAGAGUCCCAUAGUCACACCCACCUCCCGACGUCCAUGCCUCUCAAUUCACCGGCCAACGUGCUCUCGGAGGCGGCUGGCAAACAGUCGGGAACUCCCGAGACGGGCGACUACAACGCGGAAGUCACCACCCCAGCUCCCUCAUGGAACAACAAGUCGGGUGUAUCCACCUUCAGCCUCCAAGUCGACUGGCACACAAUUAAGCCUAUGGCCUACAUUAUCUUGCUGGGCGACCUGUUCCAUAACUUCGUGGACGGUGUGCUGAUCGCCACCGCCUUCCUCGCCUGUGAUGACUCGCUAGGCGUGUCAGUCACGGUCUCGGCUAUUCUUCACGAGCUGCCGCAGGAGUUCGCAGACUUUAUCAUCCUCGUCGAGUCCGGUUUCACGCCGUUCCAGGCUGUUCUCUUCAACUUCCUCAGCGCCCUUUCGGCCUUCAUCGGAGCCAUUGUCGUACUGGCUGCUGUGCCCGUCACGAACGAGACGAUGGGACUGCUCCUCGCUGUUGGCUCGGGAACGCUCGUGUACAUUGCAGGCACUGACUUGCUACCCGGGGUUCUACGUGUCAAGUCGGUGGGUCAGUUUGUGGUCAACCUUCUCAUGUUCGGAAUCGGCAUCGGCGCGUUGGCACUCACAACAUUACACCACGUGCAUUGUAACGCCGGCUAA